UUUUACUUAGAAACUCUACAUUUUAUUUUGUGAGUGGUUAGAUCUAGUCCAUAGUUGCACUAGAAUAGCGUUUCCCAAACUAUGGGUCGCAAGCAGAAUGUUAGUGGGUCGUAAAAAGUUAUACUAGAAUUACGCAUUAGCUUCGAUUAAACGCUGUCUGUCGAGAUAGUUCAAGACUCGGGCUUUCAUUGCCAGGCUGUUGUUGUAUCAAGUAGUAUGUUGUUUUGACGAGCUUAACGAAUCAGGGUUGACCAUGCUCUCAAUUUAAUCAUUCCUCAUCGUAAAAAGGAAAUCAAUUUUCACCUAUUCAUACAGUACUUUAGCUAUAGUACCGGUUUUAUCAGUUGAUUGCAGAAUUUUAACUUUUGAUUAUAGAUAUCUAUAGUUUUUUAUAUUUCUAGGUAUCCUUUGAUUAUAUGCAGAUAUAAUGCGCCCCCAGCUCCUACGCAUAUGCUAUUUCAAUCAAAAGUUAAAAUUCUGUAACCAAAGGUUAGAUAUCUUCUUAGAAAGGAUAUCAAUAAUCAAAAGUUAGAUAUCUGCAUUCAAAUGAUAGAAAUCUACAAUCCAUUGUUCAGAUUCUGCAAUCAAAUGUUAAAAUUCUGCAAUCAACUGAUAAAACCAGUACAACGCUGAGCGAGACGAUAACUGCUUCGUGGCUUCACGAGAGAAAAAAUGGAUUAUGAACCCCUUUCAGCCUGACAUAACGAGUGGGAUAUCGACAAAAGCUGAGGAAGAACUUUUUGAUUUAUCUGAGGACGCUUCGUUAGAAAUGAACUUUUACAGCAUAAAACUGAUACAGAUCUGGGUGUCUGUUCGAAAACCGUACCCAAUCCUUUCCACUGAAGCUUUGAAGGUACUUCUCCCUUUCUCAUCUUCAUAUCAUUGUAAAGUUGGAUUUUCAGCAAUGCGAGUCAACAUUGAAAGUUAUUACUCUCUAGAUAUUGAAGAUAAUCGAGUUAUUCCUCCUUCAGUUGACAGUUUUUCUCUUACAUAUUCCUACAGACCUAAUCCUUAUAUCUUAGAGAGACAGAAUUCAGAAGAUUUCAGCAGUCUGUCCGGUCAUGAGGAAAGCGAGAGUUCCAGCGUUAAUGAAGGAGAAAGGAGCUAUUUUAUUGUCAGAUUUCCUCAUUGUCGGUGGAAGCGCUCUAGGUCUAACAUGACAACUUCCCCCGAGAGUUCCUUUAUGGCAGAAGAAAGUAUGGAAAAUAUCACAUGGUGUAUUACUGUAAAUUAAGAAGAGUGUGAGAGUGAAAAAAGCUUUAAAGGGAAAGACGAAGGGUAAAGGACGUUUAUGAACAUCAGUUUAGUAGAAUAGGAUCGGUGACAGAAGGUAACUUGUUCUCAAAUUAUUUUCCAGAACUUGACUACAAGAAUGAUGAAAGCUUUAGUAUUGGUCAUGUAUUUCACCAAAAUGAGAUUUCUGAAUAUCUUGCUUAUUCAUCUACGUUUAAGAUGCCCAGUGAUCAAUCAGUUAACGAGAAGAAAGAAAAUGGAACAAAUUUUGUUUAUAAUGGCAUGAGACUAAGAAAGAACUAGUCUUAAGAUUGACGAUGUAGACAACACAUCAAUAAACAGUCAGUUUACAACA